AUGAUCCUGCCGGGCCUCGCCUCCCUGCCUUUCGGGAUAGGUUUCGGCGUCGCCGCCGCGCAGAAAGGCCUAAGCGCCUUCGAGACGACGCUGAUGAGCUUCACCGUGAUGGCCGGCACCAGCCAGAUGGUGGCGCUCGACAUCUGGGCCCAGCCGCUGCCGCUGAUGGCCGCUCGCCGUGUCGGUAUUCGUGGCCAACCUGCGCCGCCGGUCUGGUAUGUGACGGUCGACCAGAAUUGGGCCGUCAACAUCGCCGAAUACCGGCGCGGCCACGGCGAUCUCGGCAAGUUCCUGGGCGGCGGCUUCGUCAUGGCCUGCAUCUGGUCGGGCUCGACCCUCGCCGGUCAUCUCGCGGCCGGCGGCAUCCUUUCGGACCCCGCGAUGGCCAAGCGUCUCGGCCUCGAUUUCGUCGGCGUGGCGGUCUUCGUCGUGGUCGCGACCAUCCUCUUUCGCGGCAAGCGCGACAUCGCACCGUGGAUGGUGGCGAUCGCCGCGGCCUUUGCCGCCAAAUGGCUGAUCGGCGGCAACUGGUACAUCGUGAUCGGCGGGCUGGCCGGCGGCAUGUUCGGCGCGCUCCGCGAUCUCAGGAAGGACGACGAUGUCCGCCAGUCCUGA